AUGACAGGGGUAGAAGAGAUGGGGCUUGGAGAUAGCAGAGAGGAAGCCUGCACACAAGAUGGGACUGUGGAUCUCAAGGGCCGCCCCAUCCUAAGAUCAAAGGGGGGGAGAUGGAAGGCUUGCUCUUUCAUUGUAGGGUAUGAGGUAUUUGAGAGAAUGGCAUACUAUGGAAUAGCAUCAAAUCUAGUUCUGUAUUUGACAAACAAGCUCCAUGAAGGGACGGUGGCAUCUUCAAAUAACGUGACCAACUGGGUUGGUACAGCAUGGAUGACUCCAAUCUUAGGUGCUUACAUCGCAGACGCCCAUCUCGGCCGAUACUGGACUUUCAUCAUCUCGGCAGCACUCUAUCUUAUGGGAAUGUGCCUGCUGACUCUAGCAGUUUCGCUGCGGGCGCUGAGGCCACCAUCCUGCGAGCCCGGAGUGAAGGAAGACGACUGUACCGAGCGAGCCUCGCCAUUUCAAGUGGGUUUCUUUUACUUCGCAUUAUACAUAAUUGCAGUAGGGGCAGGAGGAACCAAGCCAAACAUCUCAACCAUGGGAGCUGACCAAUUUGAUGAAUUUGAUCCCAAGGAGAGGACCCAAAAGUUAUCUUUUUUCAACUGGUGGAUGUUUAGCAUCUUCUUUGGGACCCUCUUAGCCAACACUUUCCUUGUCUACAUACAAGAAAAUGUUGGCUGGAUUGUGGGCUAUGCCCUUCCCACUCUCGGGCUAGGACUUUCAAUCUUAGUCUUCUUGAUGGGCACCCCACUCUAUAGGCACAAGGUACCUGCUGGGAGUCCCUUCGCUAAGAUGGCUAGGGUACUAGUGGCUGCAGUAAGGAAAUGGAGGGUGCCUGUUCCACAUGAUCCAAAAGAGCUUCAUGAGUUGAGCUUGGAUGAGUAUGCUAAAACUGGCAAGUUUAGGAUUGACAACACUCCUUCAUUGAGAAUCCUGGACAAGGCGGCAGUAAAGUCUGGCCCCGGCGGGUCUCCAUGGAUGCUAUGUCCAGUAACCCAAGUGGAGGAAACCAAACGAAUGAUAAAAAUGAUUCCAAUUCUAGUCACAACGUUCAUACCCAGCACCAUGUUGGCUCAGCUGCAGACCCUAUUCAUAAAACAAGGCACCACUCUGGACCGCAGCAUGGGGCUGCAUUUCGACAUCCCUCCUGCAUGUCUCACCGCAUUUGUGACUCUCACCAUGUUGAUCACCCUUGUACUCUAUGACCGCUACCUGGUACCAGCUAUUAGGCGAUACACAAAGAACCCCAGAGGGAUUACACUGUUGCAGAGAAUGGGGAUUGGACUAGUGAUGCAUGUCAUUAUCAUGACAACGGCAUCUCUUGUGGAGAGGAAGAGAUUGAGUGUUGCUAGAGAUAAUGGCAUCGUUUCUAAGCAUGAAACAGUCCCUCUAUCUAUCUUCAUACUUCUCCCUCAGUUUGUUUUGAUGGGUGUGGCUGACACAUUUGUGGAGGUUGCAAAGAUCGAGUUCUUCUAUGACCAAGCACCAGAAGGCAUGAAAAGCCUUGGAACCUCUUAUUACACUAGUAGCUUAGGAAUUGGAUACUUCCUUAGUAGUUUUCUUCUUUCUACUGUUUCUGAUGUUACUAAGAAAUAUGGCCACCAAGGCUGGAUUUUGGAUAAUUUAAACAAGUCCCAUCUGGACUACUACUACGGAUUGAGUGCAGCAUUGAGCUUGAUCAACUUUGUUUUCUUUGUCUUUGUUGCCAAGCUCUAUGUCUAUAAUGUCGACUUUAUGGAAUCAAAAAGGGAGCUGCAGAGAGUCAUGGAGGUUUAUCCAGACAAGGCAAACACUCUAGAGGAUGAGGGUUCAAAGGAUGGAAUUAGCUAAUCAAAUUCCUUAUUGUAAUUUGUUUUACCACAGCAGAG